AUGUGGUUAUUUGACAGUUGCUUUCAAUGGCUACCAAUUGAAUCUUGCAAUUAUGAAAGAUCAAAUGAUUAUGAAGAAUUGGAUAGUAGUGAAACCAAUUCAUCAGAUGAUUUAUUUUGUAUAUGGAAAUAUCCCAGAUGUACAAUUGGUUUACGAUUUAAUUGUGUCAGUACUGAGUUCACUGCAAAAAAACAUGGUGGUGAGAAAGGUAUACCGUUUCGAUUUCAGGUAGAACAUUAUGAAUAUGAUACAAAUCGUCAUUUGGAAUCAUUUGCUUGUCAAAUUAAAGUAUUUAAAAUGAAAGGAGCUGAUCGUAAGCAUAAAACUGAUCGAGAAAGAAUUGAACGUAAAUCUGGCGAUGAUCAAACUAUUUAUAAACCAUCAUUUCCUGUGACUAAAUUAUCAUAUUUACCUAAUAAACAAGUGAAAUUAUUUCAUCAUCAUCAGCAUCAGCAUCAUCAUUCUAAUCAUCAUCACCAGCAUCAUGAUCAUAGAUAUGAUUAUGAUCAAUCAUCCACUAUAACAACAGAUAAACAACAAUUAUCAAUUGACAAUGCUUUCACAACAUCAAUUCUCACUACAUCCACUACUAUCAUCAGUACCAAUACCAACACCAACAUUAACACCACAAUAACUACAUCAAUGUGCAAUAAUUCAUGCCAACAAUUUAAGCUAAAUAAUAUGAGUAAUUUAAAUUUACAAAAUUUGCCAAGAGUGGAGAAAACAGUUUUAAAAGAUAACUGUACACUAAAGAAUUUCAAUGAUAUCAACACCGGUUUUGCAGUGCCUAAACCAAUUGAAUCACCUAGUGCUUUGAAUCGAUCAUUUUCGGAAUUUGUUGCACCUACCUAUCCAAUACAUCGUUCAGCCUAUUCAGUGUUAAGAAAUAUCUCCCCGGGUAUAUCACCUUCACCAUCUUCUAGUCGACGUCUUAAUUAUACUAUACAACCAUGUUUUCAACGACGUAGACGUCCUCGAGUAGGUGAUUGUUGUGCUGGGACUUGUUCAUCUUGUGGGCGUAGUUGUCGAAGUGCUUCUCGAUGGGUACGAACUAGUAAAAAUAGAAUGAUGUGCACCAAUUGGGACAAUUCAACUAAUCGAGCUAAACAAGCCACAUUGAUUUCAGAGAGAAGACGUGCUUCACAUGGUUAUGAAAAUAAUUCACAUUUAACUGAAUUACCGAAGUCCAAACCAAUUCUAAUGAAUAUUUGCUCUCAUCAAUCGGAUUCCAUGAACACCAAUACUACUACUAAUACUACUAAUAAUAAUCAUCAUCAUUCAUCCAUCUAUGAAUUGAGUACAUCUGGUGAAUCAUCUAGCCUGGGUGGUAAUGAUGAACUCAUUCAUUGUACAUCAUCAUUAUUAUUAAUAGAUAAUAAAUAUGAUGAGUACAAAUCAAAACUAUCCUCAUCAUCCCCAUCUACAUCAAUUAUUCUGGCAGAUUAUCCUUUGAAUUCGAUUGUCACUGUUGUACAAUCUGAUGAAGAUCCUUUAUUAGGCAUGUCUUCGUCUAGUGUUGCUACAACUCCAGCAAGUCAUGAUACUGGUUAUUGUAGUAAUGAAAAUCAAUUGAGCACAUCUUCACCACCUAUUAGAUCUACUGUUGAAGAUAUUGGAUAUUGUGCAGAGAAUAAUGACAGUAUCCGUAAUAAUGAUAAUAAUAAUAACAGUACUAAUAACGACGGUAAUAACCAUCCUGAUAAUGACAAUGAUGUUGUUGCUGACGGAGAUUUAUGCAUGAAUAAAUUAAAUUCGGUAAUUCAUCAAACUACAUUAUGUGAUGAUUCAAUGGUGAUGAGUUUGUCAACUAAACCAAAACUUCAAAUUCCUUCAUCGUCAUCGUUAUCCUCCUCCUCAUCAUCAUCGAUCAUGUUGUUACCGAAUGAAUCAUCCAUGUCAUCAGUGUCAUCAGUAUCAGCAUCAUCGGUUUGUUCAUCAACAAUCAAUAAUACUUCAGUUGUUACUGUGAAAUCACCAUCGUUGAUGAAUUCAAAUGUCCAUACUUCUUUAUUGAUGAUACAUUGUGAAAUGACUGCAUCACAAGUUGCACAUUGGUUGCGUCAAUCGAAUUUUGAAAAUCUUGUAGAAACAUUUAAAAAUUUUACAGGUUGUGAUAUACUUCGUCUAGGCAAAGAAGAUUUAUUAUCGAUUUGUGGAUCAUUAGAAGGUUUACGAUUGUAUAAUUCACUUUAUAACAAACCUGCAGUCCCAAGAUGUACAUUAUACGUAUGCUUAAAAGGAGAAAUAAUCUAUCAUGCAAUUAUGUUAUAUGAAAUGAAUGUUAAUGAAUUACGUUGUCGAAUUUCUGUGUUAUUAUCAUGUCGUCAAGAAUCGAUCAAAAUGAUAUGCCUUAUUACAGAAACUAAUAUCCCGGUUUUAUUAACUGAUGAACUUAUUAUUCAAUUCAAAGAUAAAAGUACAUAUCAAAUGAUAUUGAAUCGAAUUGGAAGCAGUAAUAAAAUGAAUUUAUUUUUAAAACCUACACAACAACAACAGUAG